CGCUCUCAACUCUACUAACUGUGACCGGUGCAUGCCUACCUGACAUUAGCAUACAUAAUACCGUUCCCAACAAGGCCACCGCAGCCAACUCCGCAUUGGACGCUCGGUAAGCAUUCGGUGAUACAUUUCCCAGAAUCUAUAUUAUCGCGGCACGCUGCCAGCGUCUAUCCCCGUCCGUCAUGGCGCCCGUACACAGAGUGGCCGUGAUCCAGAUGUGGCCCAAGCCGAUGGCUAUGGACCGCAACUUCCACGUAGCCUGUGACUUCAUUCGUGCGGCGGCCAAGCAGAAUGCGAAGCUCGCUGUGCUGCCUGAGUAUCAUUUACUCAACUGGGUGCCGGCCGACGAGAAGUUCAAAGAAGCGUGCUCCCAUUGGAAGCACUAUCUCGAUGGCUACAUAUCUCUUGCUAGGGAGUGCAAUAUCAACAUCGUUCCAGGGACCAUUGUCGAGCUUCACGACGCCGGUACCGAGGACGAACGCUUGCUCAAUGUCGCCUACUUCAUUACCAACACAGGCGAAAUUGCCGGUCGUUACCAGAAGAAGAACUUGUGGGGUGAUAUCGAAAGACUUCAUCUGACCAGCAGCUCUAUGGAUGAACAUCCUGUAUUCGAUACACCACUCGGCAAAGUCGGCCUGUUGAUAUGCUGGGACCUCGCCUUUCCGGAAGCCUUUAGAGAGAUGAUAGCGAAGGGGGCGAAGCUCUUCAUCAUCCCGUCAUUUUGGACACUUUCCGAUUGCUCCAAGGCGGGCCUCGCGCUCAACCCAGUGUCAGAGGCGCUGUUCCUGGACUCGAUGUUGACUGCACGAUGUUUUGAGAACACAUGCGCAAUCGUAUUUUCCAAUGCCGGAGGUCCGCCGGGCAAGGGCUAUGCUGGCCUUUCUCAGGUCUGCGUCCCAUACGCGGGUGCUUUGACGAGGCUCGGUAGUUGCGCGGAAGGCAUGGCGGUUGUCGAUGUGGAUAUGCAGAUUGUAGAGGACGCCGAAGAGAACUAUCAAGUCAGAGCUGAUCUGGCACGCACGGAUUGGCAUUAUGAAUAUAGACACACCAGUCAGAAUAAGCUAUGAUGGGGCAAAACAAUGGUUGAAUCAUCGAUGUCUCGUAUCAUCAGCUUUGCAGGCUAUCCAUACUCUGGAUUCUCUACUCGGCUUACGAAGUGAUGACAGCCUACGGAGGUAGUCUGUAGUCCAUGUGCCAAAUCGAUGGUCAAUUCAUCAAUCAUGCUUGGUCACAAACUGAUCGUGAAAACGGUACCACUCGGGCACCAAUUGAACAUGUAGGCGAGCUCAGGUACAUGGAGUAGAAGCCUCGG